AUGCAUGAUUGUUGUGUCAGGAGUGAGAGAAGUAGCGUCUCUCUCUCUCUCUCUGCUUCUCAACACUCCUUCCCAAAAGAAAGAAAGCAAACAAUGGAGAGGCUAAACUCGAAGCUGUUUGUUGAAAACAUCUACAUAAUGAGUGAGAACGAGAGGCUGAGGAAGAAAGCUGAGCUUCUGAAACAAGAGAAUCAACAGCUUAUGUUUCAACUCAAACAGAAACUCUCCAAAACUAAGAAGAACCCUAAUGGAUCAAACAAUGACACCAAUCUCUGCUCUUCGAGCUCUGCUUCUGGACAAUCCUGA